GAGAACAGAACGAACGCGAUAGAAAUCUCACAUUCGGUCGCCAUCACAUUUAAUGAGUCAUUCAAUCUGGAGCAGCUCGCAGUUUCGAACAGUCGCUAAAAUUGCUAUCCGUGCUGGUGAAAUAAAUCGAUGUCAAGAUGUAUGUAAAAGAGUGUCGAUAGUUUUAUGCCAUUACACAAAUCGGAGGGGAAACAAUGUGAGAGACAGUCAAAGCGCUGUGAUUUUUCGGCAGCUUAAUGUAUAUGACGAGCAAAAAACUGGACGUCAAGUUGUUCCUAUGGGGUCUGUUUCUGCUGCAGCUCUCACUGAUUUCGGUGUUUCUGGCGUUCGGUUCGCUGCUGGUCAGCAACAUACAGCAGGAUGACACGGCAGGGACACACAGUCAGCCGAAGCCUGGCGAACCAGUCAUUCAGCCGAUAUCGUGGUUCAAUGUGAAAUUCAUUAGCAACCAAAGUGCGGCUCCAGAAGCCGUGGGAGCAAAUCAGCCGACAACCGGACCACGCGUUGGACAUGUGCGACAUCCGCGGUUCAAGCCGUUGCAUCAGAUAAGCGUCCCAAAGCCGGACAAUUACACGAAAUAUUACAGGCCCAUAUACUACCACGACGGCUACCGGGAGCGGAAGAAGCUAUGCUUCAUCGAGGGAACCCAUUUCCCGUCGGAGAGGCCGAACAACAAUCACCAAGGCACCACUCUCGAAAGAGAGCAACACGCAAAACGAACCAAUGAGACUGAGCUUGAAGCAGGGGUGUUAGAUGUAGUAGCAAUAGUAGCGACGACGACGACGGGGACGAGGACGCCCGAGGAGGCGGGCGAUGAUGAGCAGCGAGAUAUAAGCAAUGAAAUUCUGCCGGAUGGACGCUGUCGCUGUCUACCGGAAUGGCACGGGCCAGAUUGUGGUCAGCCGGAAGUGCUCUGGAGGGCAUUUAUAGCCUCGAGAAUCCCACCUAGAAACCAGACGGCGGCACCGCGGAAGGUACCCAAACAUGUAUUUUACAUUAUAGAAACGAAUUUUAUCAGUGUGGAAGUGCUGGAAAUGCAGAUGAUGGAAUUGCUCGAUAUUGUGAGUUUGUUUGUGCUGUGUGAUCGGCAGCUGGCGGCUGCUAGCGGAGCCAAAAGUGAAUCGUAUGCGAUUGGGGCGCACAUCUCGAGUACUGACUUUCUGAAAAGCAAUCAGAAAAAAAUUCUGCUGCUGGAAGAUCCCACCUGUAGUGGCAGGAAUAUCUUUCGGAAAAUGAAAAAGUUCAUCAAUAGAAGUGAUAUGCACGCGGAAGAUAUAUUAUUAUACAGUAGAACGGAUGAAAUCCUAAAUCGUAGGGCAGUGAACUAUUUCCGGUGGUAUGACAAUUGGCCCCAACCUGUUCGGUUCCGGCUCAAAUACAACGUGUUCGGAUUCUUCUGGCAGCAUCCGGAAAGCACAACGCUCGGAAGCGCUGUCUGUCAAUUAAGUACUGUAGAUGAGGUGUAUCGAUCAGAUCCGGAGGAACUCCUACGGAUCGACAAACCAGUGAUGUUAAUUGGUGAUCUGAACCAUUAUGGUGGCUGGUACUGUCGCCAUUGCUACCAACCAAUAGAUGUAGUAAAAUAUUUAGAAUUUAUAGCUUUAGUCAAUACCACUAGUAACGAUAGCGCUAGCACAACUAAUCAAUCAUCGUAUCUUCCUGACCUCAAAAAGGGUACUGUACUGAACGCGGAGUAUGUUCAGAAUCUAGUUGCCAGUGGGAAGUACUUCGAUGGCAAGCUGAAUCUCAUAAAAUUGCAACGACACGUCGAUAAGUACUAUGCGCCAGAAUACGUUCGAAAGAAUAGCUGGAGAUUCGACAAUAUUGUCAUCAAUCUGUUCGCUCGGUGGGAGGACAGCGUCAUAGACGACGAGUAUUUCAGCUAGAAAAACACUAAAUACUCUUCAUAACCUAUCAUCGAACAUCAUCAUCAUCAUACGACAUAAUCAGCUCAGCAACCUGUCAACCUCCUAUCAUAGAUAUCGAACACACACACACACACACACUAUCCAUACGCGCAUAUAGUUCGAAUCAACAAACACUCAAAAUUCUACUCUCAACUACUCUCAUUCUCUAAUCGUGUUCUCUCGGAAGCGAGGUUAGACUGUACCCGUGCUGGAGAACCUAUAAACAAGCGUAACUCAAAAUAUGUUCAAAAUUUGUAGAUAGCAAGCAAAUGAACGAAAUACGAUUUUCUAAUGGAUUUGUGUUGGUUUGUCUAAUUUAGGAAUUAGUGUAUUUUUAGGUGAAAUAUUGGGGAAACAAAUUGAUAUUUUGACUCGGAGAGAAUUCUCGAUAUCGGCCGUUGAUUUUUUUUACAAAUAAUCAAACAUGAUAGAAUAUCUAACGAAGUAGUAGCUCUAAGUAUGUACCUAUACCUGAUAAAUUAAUCUGCAUAAUGUGACAGAUAAAAUUAUUAUUAUUAAUUGACUUAAAUACUUCAUUUUACGCUUUGUGAUUUCUUUGCUCUUUCAACAAUCCGUGAUAAUAAUAUUUUACG